GCCGAGAGGCCGACGCGGGCGUGGCGAAGUGCCAGAGCGAGGACAGCAGCGACGCGGGGGAGUCCGCCGCCGCUGCCAGCUGCUGGAGGCGCCUCCAAACUCGGGGCAAGGCCCGGGUCAGGAAGGCGCUCGACGUCUUGGAGGGCGCCUCGGCUGUCGCCGGGAAGGAGAAGCUGGGGGCCAGCCAUCUCGAGAGGCGCUCCGUGGGCGAAGUUGAUGUGCGCAUAGUAGAUAACAUGAGCGGCGAGUUCCUGAUGGGGGUCAAGGCCUUGCGCAGGAAGAAGUCGUUUGCUGGGCUGACGUCUGUUCCAUCCAGGCUACGGCCGCCUGGGUGGCCUGCGUCUACCCCGAUCUUCGCGGUGCCUGAAGGAAUGGAAGAAGCUGUCACCAUCUCGCUCUCGGAAGCCCUUGGUGUUCGCGAUCUGGGCGGAUGGCAGUGGAGCCAUGCCGUGGUGGAGUGCUAUCUUCUCCCCAGGGAGAUGCUGGGGGCGACUGGCAAUUUGUUCUGGCCCCAAGCGAACGCGCAGUUCAGGACUGGGUCGCAUUGCUCUUUCCAGAAGCGGGGGUGGCCUGAAGAGGUGGGAUCGGCAGACGAUACGAUCACGUGCGAUUCGGGACGGCGCCCUUGGAUGAGCCACAUUUUCUGCGCGCUGAAG